CCGGGAUGUAGGGGGUGAGCAAAAUGACAGCUGGUUGUUUUCAUCAACAAGGGGAUUUUAAAGUAGACAUUGAAGCGUCAUGUGGUAAACGCCUCUUGAGACCUUCCUGUCGUCCUGGGCACCACGCACCAAAUCCUGACAACUGACCAAAGAGGAGGCAGCAGUGUCUGUCAGCCCCAUCAGCCACUCUGGAGCCCUCAGUGCAGAAACAGGAGACAGAGAGCAGUGACAGUGGUCACAUCAGUGGAAGUGUCUCUUCAGCUGAGGCGGAGGCUGCUCAGCGGGACGAAGCCAUGGAGCCACUGGAGGAUAAAUAUGGUCGUUCCUUUGUGGAGGUGAUGAGUGAGAAGUACAGCCCAGAGAACUUCCCAUACCGCAGAGGACCUGGUAUGGGCGUGGUGGUUGUGCCCACUGCAGGACCUCAAGGUUCUCCCAUGAAAGACCGUCUGAACCUACCCAGUGUGCUGGUGUUGAACGGCUGCGGCAUCAGCAGGGCAGGUGCCCGGGCGGAGAUUGCUGCUUUCUGCGCCCAUGUCAUGGAGCUGGACUUGUCCCAUAACAAGCUGCAGGACUGGCAUGAGAUCAGUAAAAUAGUGUCCAGCAUUCCAAACCUGGUGUUCCUGAACCUGAGCUCCAACCCUCUGGCAGGAAUGACCCUGGAGCCGCGGUGCGCUGAAGCCUUUUCCCGGGUGCGACGCCUCGUCCUCAACAACACCCAAGUAUCCUGGGACACUGUGCUGCUGCUCACGAGGGAGAUACCUGAUCUGGAGGAGUUGUUCCUGUGCCUUAAUGAGUACACCAGUGUGAGUGCCUCCAGCGCGGCGUGCCCGAACCUGCACCUGCUUCACAUCACCGACAACAGCCUCCAGGACUGGGCCGAGGUCCGCAAGUUUGGCUCCAUGUACCCCGUCUUAGACACUCUGAUCAUGGCCAAUAACAACCUGGCAUCCAUCGAGGACAACAAAGACAUCCUGCAGCGGCUUUUCCCCAAACUACGCAGCAUUAACCUCAACAACUCAGGUCUAAACCAAUGGGAAGACAUUGAGAAGUUGAACUUCUUCCCCAAGUUGGUGGAGGUGCGACUGCAGGGCAUUCCCUUACUGCAGACCUACACCAACGUAGAGCGACGGAGCCUCAUGAUCGCACACCUUCCUGCGAUAUCACUACUGAACGGUAGUGUUGUGACGGACAGUGAGAGAGAAGACGCUGAGAGGUUCUUCAUCCGUUAUCAUGUGGACUAUCCAGAGGAGGAGCUGCCACACAGAUAUCAUUCUCUGGUAACUAAAUAUGGGAGGCUGGAACCACUUGCUGAGAUUGACCUCCGACCUCGCUGCCGUGCCCAGGUGGAGGUUCACUGUGAAGGAAAAGUGGAAAAGCUGAGCAUCCGUCUGGACCAGACAGUGGCCGAGCUGAAGAAGCAGCUGACGACAGUGGUCCAGCUGUCCAUCAACAGCAUGAGGCUCUACUACAUCGACAAGUUCAGCGUCUUCGGUCCAGAAGAAAUGAAGUACAACACCCGGGCUCUCCACUCCUACAGCAUCCAAGACGGUGAUGAAUUUCUGGUGGUACCCAAGAGCAAAUGAAUGGCGGAUGACAAACUGGCGGAUUAGAGUGACUCCUUAAUUGAUUGGUUCAUUGGAUUAUUUGUUUACUUGCCAAUUGGCAUUGCAGAAUGUGAGGGAAAAAAGAUGCGUCUGGAACAGCACCAGCGCCUCCGUUUGGAACGGAAAGAAAGUUCAAAGUUAAAGGUUAUGUGAAAACAAUCACAGAGAUGGAACAGUGGUGCCACUGUGAGGCUGUAGUUGGAAGAGCCAGCAGUCUGGAGAGUAUUGUGUCUUUAUUUCAGCUUUACAUGAGGGCGUCCACUGUCCACUCGACUACGUGCACAUAUCUGUCUCGUGGACAACUACUGGCCCAGAGAGCCAAACACACAGUCUGCUAGCAGCUUCAGCUGUACCAGCAAGUCUCGUAGUACAUGGCAUGUACCAUAGCAACAUGGACAAGCACCCAACACCACUGGCUUGCCCACUCGUCACAAAAGCUACCAUUAUUAGUGAUGAGGCAGCGGCACUGCUGUUUUCAUUUGCACUUUUCUGCAGCCACAAAAUCAGGAAGAGCAAUGUCUGUUUAAGAAGACCUGCCUAAAGGGUUUAGUUGUUUGUCAGUGUAUUUAUUUUACACUUUCUCUGGAUAAUGAACAACAGUAGAUGUUGGCACACCAAGAACAAGGAAUCCUUUAAUGCUCAUCAAUCAUAGUAAGAUUUAAAACCCUCCAGACACUAAAUACUCCGCUUUACAUAACUUUUAACAUUACAGCUUGUGCUUCCACAGUAGUCACAGAAUCAUCUUGUGUGCACACGUGUACAUGUUAAAGUGUAACAGAAAUUUAAGGUAAUAACAAUAACUAUAAUAUUGACACAAACUACAGCCCAAACUGAACUUUGUAUAGCGCUCACUCUCUUCCACCAAAGUCCAUGGAGACAAUAUGUGUUUUUAGCUCCUAACACAGGAGCUGCAAUUCUAGUGUUGCAUCUUUUUCGUUGGUUUAUUGCUUACUUUAUGUCACUUUUGGUGAAUCUGAUUUCAAUCAUGAAAAGUCACCAAAAUAACACAUUGUACUCAAAAUCUCCUCUGUGCUGUGAUGUUAAAUCACAGAUUUUCUCUAUGGACUUUGGUGCGGGAGAGUGAGCGCUUUACAAAGCGGCAUAAAUGUCCGUUUAUCCGCUGUCAGCGCUGGUUUGUGUUAGUAUACUUCAUAUACAGUAACUAUCCCUGUAGCACAAAUUAAGUGAAAAUAAGAUUACAGAUGAGUCUAUUUAUUCUAAGAUCUAAGGAGAGAGUAUUCCAGAGUGAUGGCCGUGGACACAGAAGGUGAUCUUAAUAUAGUAGAGUAUUAUAUAGUAGAUAAUAAAUGAAAAGGCUUUAUGAGAAAAUGGCUUGAGGAGUGCAAUGAUCAUAGUUAUAUCUUUAAGUACUAUAUAAUGUUUCUCUGAACAUUAACGUUUUCUUCAUAAUCACAGACCAACAUCUAAUAUUUCUGGGUUUUUUAACUUCUGCACAUGCACAUACCCUCACAGACUGUGUGUCAGGUCAUGUGCUGCCCCCUACAGGCUUUAUCUCCGAGGUAUUUUUGAGGAAAGACACACACACACACACUAUGAUACCGAAGACAAUCUCUAUAAUAAGUUUAUCGUCUACAUUUAAAAAAUAUAUGUUUCCGUGAAUUAUUGUG